AUGGGCACCGAGGGUGCGGCCGCCGCGACCAUGCGUGCGACCUGCCGCGAGGCUGCGCUGACCGAACGGUACUUCUACGAGAGCUUCGCCAAUCGUGACGAACUGCUGGUCGCCGUGCUCGACGAGGUCGUUCUCGGGGCACGCGACACUAUUCUGGACGCUCUGAGGCGGCACCUUCCGAACCGCGAUCCGCGCCGUGGACGCAUCAUGUUCGUCGAAUCCCAGGCGGAACCUGCGCUGUGGGAUCGAGGGCGAGAAUUGAUGGCGGAGUUCACCAAUCCGAUCUCCGCGUCGCUCGAGCUGAUGUACGGCGGCGAGGCAACCGACUCCGCGAACUCCGAACUCAAUUCGGUGGGGCUGUUCGGCGACGGUCAACAGCACGCCCGCGAGAAAAGAAUGACGUCCGCGUCGGCCACAGGCGGAAAGCGUCUCGGUCCUGAAGACCGGCGUGAGCAGAUCAUUGUCAGCGCGGCAAAGUUGGCCAAGGCGGCCGGGGUCGGUCGUCCGCUGCUCAAUCAUUACUUCGGCUCCAAGCGGGAGUUGUACCUCGACGUCGUGCGGCGAUUCGUCUUCAUUCCCGAAGUGGCGGUGGACCGCAUUCCGCGAUCGGCGAGCCAGGAGAAGCGGAUCGGCGCCGUGAUCGAUCGGUGGCUCGACGUCGCCUGGCGUCAUCGCGACAUGUGGAUCUCGACAGUCAUGUCCGACGACCUCCGCCGUGACCCCGAGAUGGACCGGAUCCUGCAGGACGCUGACGACGUUGCUGCGCGACGCAUGAUGGAUGCGCUCGAGAUUCGACCGAGUGAAGGCAGCGAGGCUGCUGUUCAUUCGAUGAUCGUGGCGUACGGAGGAUUGGCGAAGGCCGCCAGUAAGCAGUGGUUGGUGACGGGAGCGCUCGACCGCGUACAGGUGCACCUUCUGCUGGUACGCAGUUUGCUCGCCAUCGUGCGUGACGUUCUGCCGGCGUGCGAGGCGGAUUCC